AAGUCUUAGGGUAUGUUCUGUGCUAUCAGUUUCACCAUUGAUUCCUAUUCUUUAUACGAUGGUUUCAACAAAGUUUUAAUAUAUUAAUUGAAAUAUUAAAUAAGGUUUUAUGUAUAGAAUCACCUAGAUUCGUUGUUGCACUACUGUUAAAUAUCAAUAUAACAAAGUGUAUUCUACUAUUUUCUGUAAAGUGUGAAAAUUUUUAAAAAAGAAGAAGUAGUCAAUUCCAAACAAAAGUUUUUUGAAAAAUAUUUUUUGAAAUGUCUAAAAAUGAAAAAGGAUCUAAAUUGAGAUUAAAAAGGUUUGAUAAGAUUGAGAUAUCAGAAUCGACUGAUCAGUUAAACAAAGUGGAAAAAUCAGAUGGACUUGAAAAGCCCAGAUUAAACGACGAAAUACAGAUGUCCACAGAAAAAUCUUGUAAUUUCAUGCACCCACCUUGUCGUACAACAAACCUAGCGAAUAAAAGACUACAAAAACUUAAGCAAACAAUACAAAGUGAUUUAAAAAAUCGGAAACACUUGUCAACUGUAACAACUAAGGAUAGUUUGUUAAAACAAAACUUUCAAGAAUGUGAAGCCAGUAUUUCAAAGAAUUCAAGCAAAUUGAUAAAUUCUAAUAACUUUGUGAGAAUUGAAAGUAAUCAACAGAGACUCAGCACUAUUAGUAGAAUUAACAAAUCUACAAGUAACAUUGGUUCCAAUAGAUCAUCCAUAAGCUCUCAGCAAGAUGUAGUUGGACUAAACUCGUCAGUUCAGACCUUAAAAACGACUAAACCAAUAAAAGAAAAUUACCAAUCUCCACGAAUAGAAGAAAAACCUAACAGAAAAAGAAAAUUUUCAGAUAUUAUUCCUCUUUUUUCCGAUGAAUAUAUUCCAAUUAAAAAAUUCUCUGCGGAACCCAAUAAUAUUUCACAAGUAAAAACAACUUCGAAUUCGCAUAAAUCAAAAUUAUCUUCUAGAGUUUUAAAAAUAAAAAGAAAAACUGACAAAAUAAAUAGUUCCCUAACAUCCCCUUCUAAAUCAAAUGAUCAAUUAGAAAAACAUGAAUUAAAUUCUUCUACAUCACACUCAGUACAUAAACUUCCAGACAGUAAUAAACCAAAUCAAGACACUCCAUUUCAGUUAUGGGAAAAUACAAAAAAUAAUAGUAGUAAUUCAGAUUUUGUGAAUAAAAACAUUUCAAAUAUUCAUGUAUCACCAAUGUUGAAAUUAUGUAGCCAGGUUGAAUCAAAUGAAACUGAUAAUUUCAUGAUACAAAGUAAACCUCAUAGUUUACUACAAAAUCGUUUAAAUAGGUAUAAAUUAUUAAAUAACGAAUCACCCCCCCAUUCUACGGAUAUUAAUAGAGCUUCAACUAGCUCAACAGUCAACAAAGAACCUACAGAUAACAAUAUAAAUUCAUCAAAUAAUUGUAUUGUUAGUAAAACUCUUUCUCAGGAAAUGAUUUCUGCCCAUAAUACACCCUUACUCGAUGGUGAUGAUCCUUUUGAUCAUAAAAUGGCGAUGACAGCUUCAUGGAUUCAAAAUCACCAACAAUAUAACCCUAUAUAUAAAAUUACUGAUGGAGAUCAUGAAAAACUAUCAACUGUAACUAAUGUUGAUAAUACCAAAGAAGAAGAAAUGGAAUGGACAAAUGCUGAAUCAGAUAUUAAUGAAGAUUCUCAGUUGACUGAAGAUCAAAGUAAUACCAUAGAUUCAAUUAAACUUAACCAAAAAGAGCAACGUUUGUGUAUAGUUGUCGAUACAAAUGUUUUUAUUUCUGAUAUGGCGAAAAUUAAUGAUAUUAUUCAUUUGAAAGUUACAGGUCCACUUCAACCUCUAGUCUACAUUCCUUGGAUGGUAAUAACGGAGCUUGAUGAAAUAAAAGAUAGACCAAACAAUAGUUCUUUGAAGAAUAAAGUUUAUAAUGCUAUAAAAUGUAUAAAUAAAUUCCUAAGUGAAGAAAAUCCUAAUGUUAAAGGUCAAACAAUCUGUGAUAUGGGAAAACAAAUAAAUGUAGGCCCCGCUCAAGAUGAUAAAAUUAUAGGAACAUGUUUACAAGCAGCUGAAAAAUACGAAAAUGUGAUGCUGCUAUCAAAUGACGUCAAUUUAAAAAACAAAGCCUUGAUUAACAAUAUCGCUGUUAGUUCAGCACACGAAAUAAUCAUGAAGAUUAUGUCGAAACUAGUCAAAAAUACAAAAUUUCAAAAAAUAAAGCAAAAAAUGGGUAUGAUUUGCUCGUCAAUUAUUUGCGAAUGCGCAAAAGAGGCAUACGGUGACGUUUGGAUGAAAAUGGACAUGAUGACAAAUCCACCUUGGUCUUUGGGAGAAUGCUUAAAAAGGUUUCGGAAGUACUGGAGCUCUGUCUAUCGAGACAAACUUAUGAAACAGUUUUUAUCAACUAUUGAUAAAUUACAGCAACUACUUGACGCCCAUUCGACGUAUAUUACUGAUGAUUCUGAUAAAUAUCAAGAAUUUGUAAAGUUAUGUCUUAACCUAUGCAUUUUUUUAAAAGAUAUAGAAGAAUAUAAAGGAUAUAUGGAAAAUACUAUAAAUGAUAUAGUAAAAAUUGGAUAGUAUCUUUGUUUUUGUUGACAGUUAUUUUUUUAUGAUGAAAAUUAAAGAGUUUUAUUUUUUCAGAAA